AUGUUAUGUUUUCAUUCAUCGAAAAGCGAUUCCGAUGCGAUUGUUCUACCAUCUGGUCAUACAUUACCAUCGGACAUGUCGCUAUUCACAUCAGUCCUCGAUGACGAUAAACGACACCUUCUGAUGAUCGCCAAAUGCGAAACUGUGCGCCGAGCCCUGGUCGACCAGGUCAUGCAUCAGCUACGAAAGUUACACGUUAGCGAAACUGAACUGUUAGCCUUAAAGGCAAUUAUGGCACUGGAUCCCAACGUAAAAGGCCUAUCGAUGAAAUCCUCUGGGCAUUUACUCGUUGGUCGUGAAUCCGUGCAGAAUGCUCUGUUUUCACACCUAAUGGUACGAUAUCCGCCAUCAGAAGCGACUGCUCGUUUCGGUCACUUACUGCUGUUGAUCGCGUCGGUUACGAAAGUUGCGUCAACAUUAACCGGCCUGGUACAAUUCAGUAAAGACAUCUCUCUCGGAGUUGAUCCGUUACUAGACGAGUUACUAUUGAAGGAAUUCUAA